ACCCGACGUAGCCUCCUGUACGCAGCCCGGCUUCAGUGCCGCAGGGCCGUAGCAGUGUGUUCGCCGAACUCAUUAAGGACAAGAUGCAUCAUGUGCCGUCAUAUCUAAGGGAUGACCUUCCUACCUCAAUAUGAAGACGUUGCAUUUGGGCUCAGUUUGACGCCUAAAUGGCGCCGCUGGAUCAUGUUCAUUGGCCAGAGCCGCAGUGAGCCUGCCCAGUCCCUGUUCAGUGCCAGCGUCGACGGCAUCGAUCCGCCUGGGGGAAGGCCAGUGGCCAAUGGGCAGCUUUUCGGCUGCGUCGUUAUCAUUUGCGACUAUUCGCAAAGAACGGGCUGCAUCAGUCGAGAGGAAGGGGGGGGCGGCCAAGGGGGCCUUUUUGUCCUGCGGCUGCCCCCGCAUCCCGAGACCAUGUGA